AUGACAAACGACCCCAAUUUUGACUACCACCUCCAUUCAAUCGAUUGGGAUGCAUUGUCUCAUUUAGAAGACUUGCAUGAUCUGAGCGAUGCAAGAAAUGUGACCUUUCACUUUCAUUUCGCCGAAGGAAACCCCUACUUCUCGGACAGGGUCUUAUCUAAAAAAUUUGCUGUUGACCUGGAGGAACAGCUUUUGGCUGUGAACGACUCCGGCCUCAAGUUAAAUCCUUUACUGGCCGAGAUGAACAAAACAUAUGAUCUUAAUCGACAACAAAAGUCGAUUCCCGUCCUGAUCCAAUGGACGUCUCAUGAAUACAAUUUGGUAGACAAAAAGCCUCGCAUGUCAAUUGAGGAGAUUGAAAAAGAAGAUUUCGAAGUCGAUUACAAUGAUGCCACUGGCAGCUUUUUCAACUUCUUUGCAUUCAAAGAAGACUUGUAUGAAUUACACUCCCACCUCUUGGAACUUCAUUCCAAAGCACUCGAUCUCUAUGCAGGAGUCAUCGAAGCCAACUACAAUUCUUUUGCGGUGAGUGCGGAUGAAGAGGAUGAGGAAGACAACGAGGACAAGGAAGCCAAUAGCAAGGACGAGGAAGACAACAAGGGAGACAAUGAGUAUGAAGCAGACAACAAUUCCAAUCAAGUUGCUGAUCUGGAGUCUGACUCUAAUGAUAACGAUGAGCCCAAAAAGAAAACCCUCAAAGUAUAA